AUGACCGACUUGGGUGCUCUUCACCACUUCCUUGGCGUCGCCGUCACCCGCACCUCCGACGGCCUGUUCCUGUCGCAGCGACAGUACGCCGUCGAUCUCCUCCAGCGGGCGGGCAUGGCUGAGUGUCAUCCUACCGCAACCCCUGUUGACACUCAGGCCAAGCUCUCCGCCCAUGAAGGCAACAAGCUAUCAGACAAGGACAACUCAGAGUACAGGAGCAUAGCAGGGGCUCUUCAGUACCUGACUCUGACGCGUCCUGAUCUGGCUUAUGCAGUUCAACAGGUGUGUCUCUUCAUGCACGCCCCGAGGGAGCCCCACCGUGCGCUGAUCAAGCGCAUUCUGCGCUAUGUGAAGGGCACGCUAUCCUCCGGUCUUCACAUUGGCGCCGGCUCCAUCCAGACGCUGACCGCAUACUCUGAUGCUGACUGGGCUGGUUGCCCUGACUCCAGGCGGUCCACUUCUGGUUUCUGCGUCUAUCUCGGCGACAACCUGGUCUCCUGGUCCUCCAAACGCCAGACCACGGUCUCCCGCUCUAGUGCUGAGGCUGAAUACCGUGCUGUGGUUCACGUUGUGGCCGAGUGCUGUUGGCUGUGGCAACUCCUUCAGGAGCUCCAUCUUCAGCUGCCCCAGGCUACGGUGGUCUUCUGCGACAACGUCAGCGCCAUCUACAUGACGGCCAAUUCGGUCCACCACAAGCGCACGAAGCAUAUUGAGAUUGACAUUCACUUUGUGCGCGAGAAGGUGGCCCUUGGCGAGAUUCGGGUCCUUCAUGUUCCUUCGUCUCAUCAGUUCGCUGACAUUAUGAUGAAAGGGCUCCCAACGCCACUGUUUACAGAUUUCAGAACCAGCCUGUGCGUCCGCAAGCCUCCCGCUUCGGCUGCGGGCGGGUAUUAG